AUGGUCAAAGGGAUCCUUCUGGUGCGCUUCCAGGCCCAGGAGGUGCUAUCCCGCUUGGACGCUGCGGUGCUGGCUCAGGGGGGCUUCAGCCCUGAGCCUUCGGAGCUGCUCCUGGAGAACGAGGUCCCAGAGGUCGUUCUGAAGGAGGCUUUUCGGAGCGAAGUCCUGCUGAACCAGACCAUCAUCCAGGACUGGCAGCCCUUCAAGGCCACCCGGAGCAACCUCAGCCUCCUGCAGAAAAAGAGCCUCUGCUGGGUGGUCGACCAGAAGGCCCACCCGACCAUGGCCACCCUGAGCACCCAGCCCUUCUCCAUCCCUCUGGGCAAAGACUGGCACUACCUGAACAUCGAUGCCUUUGGCCGCAACGCAGGCCACCUCAAGAGCCAGCUGAUCCACCACCUGCGCCUCCAGGUGCCCACCCUGCGGGGCGGCGUCAUGUGCCAGCUGUUCCUGGAGCCCCAGCUGUGGCUAGAGAUGGCCGCCUUCUGCCAGGAGGCUCUGGGCCUGGAGCUGGCGAAGGACUACACUGAGCAGUACCUGCUGGAAGCCGACAUCUGA